AUGACAGAAACAGAAUCCCAGAAGCAAAUAAAACUGGAAAUAUGCAUCGAUAAUCUGGAAUCUGCGGAAAAUGCUGUUGCCGGUGGAGCUGAUCGAUUGGAAGUUUGCUCAGCUUUACAACUCGGAGGGCUCACUCCAUCCGUCGGAUUUGUGUCUAUUCUGAGCUACAAGUAUCCCGAUAUUCCACUUUAUUGUAUGAUUCGCCAACGGGCAGGCGAUUUUGUGUAUAAUGAAGACGAAAUGGCAGCGAAUAUGGAAGACGUUGAAUGGCUCAAAAAAGCUGGUGCCACAGGAUUCGUUUUUGGAGCAUUAACAUCAGCCGGUUCAUUGGAUCGUACAUCAUGUCAAUCAAUAAUUGAAACUGCCCGUCCACAUCCUGUCACAUUUCAUCGAGCAAUUGACGUCGCCUAUGACUGGAAAACUUGUCUUGAGGACGCUAUUGAUGUUGGAUUCAAAGCUGUUUUGACAAGUGGACAAGAGCCGUCAGCACUCGACGGAGUUUAUAUCAUUCGAGAAAUGCAAGAACUUCACAAAGGAAAGAUCGAUGUUCUCGCAGGUUGUGGUGUGAACAGUUCGAAUGUCGCGAAUCUUGUCGAAUGGACUAAAUGUCACUGGUAUCAUGCUUCAGCUUCUGUUGCCAAGAAAAAUGCUCCAUUGAAUAAGGUGUCAAUGGGAAAACAGGACAAUCAGCCAUCACGUGUCACUUCUUUGGAAGAAGUACGGAUGUUGAAAGCGACAUUGGCCCCCGUUUAAUUAUGUUCAAUUCUUUUUCAUGUCAUAUUCCAGUCUAUAUUGCAUGCUUCAUCAUAGUUUCUAACAUUUUCAUUGUGUUUUGCAAUUAGUUGGCUAGAAUUUUUCUGUACCGAAAGUUAUUUAUUAAUUUUAGAAGCUCACUAAUCAAUUAGAUAUUCGAAGUAGCAUGUUUUUUUACUCUACGGGAUUGUGAGGGUUAUCAAUUUAUUUAUGCCUAGGCAACUUUAAUAUAGGAGUUGAUUUGAACUUAAUUAAAAUUUUAAAUUUCGCUCCUCAUUAUUUCACAACCUCUCAAAUUUUAGACCACGAAUGUAUGCAAACACGCGCCCUGAAGAUUUGUUCCUUCUCUCAAUUUCUCAUUUUUUUGCUCUACAUUUUCUCUCGCCAUUUUUUAUCAUCCUUUUCUCGCAUUUAUGUUUCUCUGGUCACUCUUUCUCUACCUGCUGGAGGAACUGAUAAACGGUUUAUUUGAGU